AUAAAUGUGAUUCUGUUUAUUUUUCUCUGUUGGCCUGACUUUGGUAGCAGAACAUAGAUCCUCCUGGGUGUGAGUUAACAUCUGUGUUUCAUAAAUGGUGCAUGUUGAUAUACAGCCUUUGUACAGGUACAUCUGGAUUUUUAAAAAGCGCUGUUUGACUUAUUUUGUCUUGAUCGUCUCUGGAAUUUCUGCCAUUUUUUUCUUCAACAGAGACUGUUAUAACAGCUUGCAAAACACUACCAAGAAAUGGGUAUCAGUAAUCAAAACAGAGAUAGAGACAACAACACCCCAUCUCUUACAUCAAAAAGUAAUACAUGACUGCAAAGAAAACACAUCCGUAGCCAACAUCAAUGGCUUCUCAGAACUAGCAGACCACAUAAAGGAUUUUCUUAGGUACAAACAUUGCAGAAGCUUUGAGAUGAUUUAUGAUAUUCCAAAUAAAUGUGAUGGACCACAGCAGUCAGACAAGGUCUUUCUCUUCCUUAUGAUCAAGUCAUCACCAAAUCACUACGAGCGCCGAGAGGUUAUCCGGAAAACAUGGGGGCAGGAAAGAAUAUACAGUGGAAUGCAAAUAAGAAGGCUCUUCAUAUUAGGAGUAAGUUCAAAUGAGAAUGAAAGAAAGAAGCUCAAGCAACUGAUCCGUACUGAGUACCAACAGUAUGGAGACAUUAUUCAGUGGAACUUUUAUGACACGUUCUUCAACCUGACCUUAAAACAAGUCCUUUUCUAUGAAUGGUUUAUAGAGCACUGCCCUUAUGUGAAAUUUCUCUUCAAUGGUGAUGAUGAUUCCUAUGUCAAUUCAGAAGAGAUGGUACACUACUUCCUGGAUCUAAAAGGGAAUGAUGGCAGUAAACAUUUGUUUGUUGGAAUACUUAUGGAUCAUGUGAGUCCAAUUCGCUCUACAGAAAGUAAAUAUUGUGUACCUGAACAAGUGUACCCAUCAGAUUCUUACCCACCAUACUGUUCAGGUGGUGGGAUUAUGAUGUCAGGAUUCACAGCCAGAGAAAUCUAUCACGCAUCACUAAGUAUUCCAAUUAUGCCGAUUGAUGAUGUAUACCAAGGCAUGUGCCUAGAAAAGGCAGGCUUAUCACCUGCAUCUCACAUGGCAAUAUUCACUAUUGGUUUGGAAUCCCGUUUCAUUUCUCUAGAUUCCCUUGAUCUUUGUUUUUACAAGAAGUUUUUGGUGGUUCAUCGAGUACAGCCAUAUGAGAUAGCAAUGUUAUGGGAAGCUAUUCAUGCCUCAGACCAACAAUGCGGGGACUCUGCAUUAUAAAUUUAAUGCCGAUGACGACAUCUGCCAAUUAUAUGUCUUUUUAUUUCACUGCCAGGUUAAUUUUGUACUACAUUUAUAGUCAGCGACAUAGAACAGUGACUUAAAUUCAGUUUAAAGUAUUCUAGUUGUGAUGCACUAACAAAUGUAUUUUUAAGAGAGAGAUGGAAAAAAAUAAUAAUUUUAAUCUCACAAUUGAAAUUUGUUUCCAGUACUGUAGGGUACAAUUUAACUGUAGAAACUCUGACCUAUAACAUAAAAGGCACUGAGGAAAACAUAGGGAUUGUUUGAAACAGUCACAGAUGCAUGCUGGGACUACAUUAUAGUAUUGUGUUUCAGAUCUAAGUAUCAAGUUCUGAGACAUGCUGACCUUGUUGUCCUUAUCAGUACUGCAUCUGAUAUUCUGCAGACUAUGUGAGAUCUUCAAAUACAAAAUGGUGGCUAUAAAACUUUAUCUGUCAACUUGUACAAUCAACUAUUAUGUAGUUACAUUCCACUUCAGUUCUGCAUCCUUCACACUCUAUGUGUCACAACUGCUCUUAAGAGCCUUCUUAGAUUCACACUGUACUCCCAACUGAUGGAGAGAAGACUGUGGUACCACCAAGUGCUCAGUAAAAUGAUUCAUCCACCAACUGAUGAAGAGAAGACUGUGGUACCACCAAGUGCUCAGUAAAGUGAUUCUUCCAUCAAUUGAUGGAGAGAAGACUAUGGUACCACCAAGUGCUCAGUAAAGUGAUUCCUCCACCAACUGAUGGAGAGAAGACUGUGGUACCACCAAGUGCUCAGUAAAGUGAUUCCUCCACCAACUGAUGGAGAGAAGACUGUGGUACCACCAAGUGCUCAGUAAAGUGAUUCCUCCACCAGAUGAUGGAGAGAAGACUGUGGUACCACCAAGUGUUCAGUAAAGUGAUUCCUCCACCAACUGAUGGAGAGAAGACUAUGGUACCACCAAGUGUUCAGUAAAGUGAUUCCUCCACCAACUGAUGGAGAGAAGACUGUGGUACCACCAAGUGCUUAGUAAAGUGAUUCCUCCACCAACUGAUGGAGAGAAGACUGUGGUACCACCAAGUGCUCAGUAAAGUGAUUCCUCCACCAACUGAUGAAGAGAAGACUGUGGUACCACCAAGUGCUCAGUAAAGUGAUUCCUCCACUAACUGAUGGAGAGAAGACUGUGGCACUGCCAAGUACUCAAUAAAGUGAUUCCUUGUUGUCUCGGUCCUCUUUGUCACCUCCUUCUUGUUCUUUUUUUCUAGUCCACAGUACCUAGCUUCCUUUUUUAGAUUCUGUUGACUCGGAUAAAAAGUCCCCUCUCCUUUUUGUCUUCCAUAGGUUCAUGGGUAAAAUACUUGGCUGGCUGUCCUUGUGGGCCAUUUUAAGUCUAGGCAAUUUCCCUUUUAAAACUGAAAAUCAAACCCUGUGCCUUGUAUUGGUGAGGUAAACACCUUAACAAUUAUGACAACCAUCACAGCUAAAUGCUUCCAUGCUAUAAAUUCGAAGGGCUGCAAGAAUGUGCAUAUAGUCUGGCUCACGUAUAUGACAUGCAUUUUGUUACCCUUUUCUGACUCUCUUCCUCCAGCAACCUAAUAUAUUUUUUCAGCAAGACCUCAACAACUACACAUAAUAGACUGAAGGCCACAUUCUUAAUUAAUGUGCCACUGAAAGUAUUUAGCAUUUCACUGUUCCAUACACCCAGGAAACAAUGGAUUCUCAUAAGAUACCAAAUCAUGUGAUAUGUAAUUACAUUUGAUCCUUAAUGGAUCAUUUGCUACAAAACAGUCAUUUUUUUCCUCUAUUGCACAAGCCAUCUUUGUUAUUAAAUGCAACAAUUUUGUUUAUGACUCAAUACUUGGUUAUUACAGGAAAACAAUUGACCAGAAUGCAAAAAAUGCUUUGUACUUAUGUUAAUAAAAUUAUGUCAAAGGUUAUUUAGUAAUAUUUGCAUAAGGUAUUAUACAAUAUAAAACACAAAUAAUGUAUUGUUUUUGAAGUUUAUUUAUGAAUUUAUCAGUUUACUAACUCUAUCAGUGACUAAGAAAAUCUGUGUAAUGCAUGUAUGUGUGUGAGUUAUCAUCACUAUAAAAUAUAGUAAUGUUAUGAAGAUGAUAGCUCUGAAAGGCUAACAAGGGUAGAUUUGUUAAACACAAAGUAAAAUAACGUUUUUUGAUUUAGCUGCAACCUGUAUAGUCCAAAGAAAAUUUAAUUAUAAAAUUAAAAUUUUCUAACCUCACUUUGUGAAAAUAUUUCAAUUAAAGCAGAAAUUUGCUGAGGUGUAGAAAACUGUUAUUUAGUGUGCCAGCUGAAGUUAACAUAUGUUUACUGUGUAUGGCAGUGUAUAUGUGCUAGUGUG